AUGACGCAGCCGUCGCUGCCCGCCCACCCCGACGUGUUUGGCGCGCCGCCCUCCCUCCGCUCCGUGCCCAGCGCCAACAGCUUGACCCAACGUUCCUGGUCGCGUUCGAGGUCGAAAACCAUGUUUGACAAUGGCUCAAAUCACCCAUCAGACGACGGGAGACUCAAGCCUGAGCUGCGUCAGGCUUACCCCCAGGCUUCCACGUCCUCCUCAACUUCCAGUCCAACCAUGAAUGUUCGCUUAGUUCCCAGGGCGCAUGGGAUUGGGCUUGAAGAGGGUGUGGAAACUGGUAGUUCGCAUAUUCAUCACGAGGAGGACAAUACCUUGGUUGUAGCUGAGCAGUCGAGAGUCGAUACAGAGAGCAUGGGCUCGGGCUUGCCCAAAUCGAAAUUGCAGAAAGCCGCUGUGCAGGCAGCAGCUCUGAGUCGCAUUGAUACAACUGCCCGCCCUCCCCCUUCUGCGUUUUCGCGACCAGAGAACAUGCGGAGCAACGUCAGAGACUCAAUGAACUCCGUCGGGACCCGUUUCUCUACUACCUCGUCUUCUUUGUAUCCUCCGUCGACUUCUACUUCUACUGCUUCUGGAACAGAGUCCCCUCCUUCGCCACGUUCUUUGGCGGAACAGAUCGAGAACCACGCCAUCUCUUCAUAUGAUCCCGAAGCCGACGAAGCCAACGCGUUUGAUGGGGAUGAUGUCUCCUAUCGACUGCGUCUGCUGGUGAAAAAUAGCUAUUUUCUGCCUCCUGCGCACGCGAAGCCUACGCCGUCAGACUUUGCUCAGACAGUCCAGAAAAAGGCCCCCCGUGCGAAUACUCCCGCAUUUCUGGACCUUUUUAGGGUCGGGAAGAGCAAAUCGAAACCUCCUAGUCCUGAUGCUACGCCAACUUUGGACCCUCGCGCGCCCGUCCUUCGAACGACUGGUGAAUCUGUAACACUGGCCACCCGCCAUCAUCCCCGAACCAACCCUGUACCGCUGCAUCAAUCGCCGUUGUCGGGGCACAAGCCCCCAGACCUCGCCGCUAGGGUAGUGGUUGUUCGAGAAAAGAUGGCUGACCUCGCGACGGCCGCAAAGCAAGCAGAGCAGGAAAUGAAAGCCAGGGUUGUCAGGAAAGAGGAAGAGCCCAAGCAAGUCAAGGUCGACGAUGUCAUUGAUCCCACGGAUGCCGUUGAUCUACCGCCGCCCUCUUCCAAGUAUCCGUUUGCUGUCCAAGCAUCGGCGCUGCAUGGCCUUGGUGUUCAAGACUCGGUGGGGGCAGCUAUGUUGGCUGACAGACUUCCUCCUCCCAUGAGUCCAGGCGACUCGUCUAUGGAUGCUGAAGAUAAGAACUGGCGAAAGGCACUGCUUCAUGCCGCGGUGGGGCAUUCGCUUGAUAAUACGCCAGAUAUAUCCACACUUUCCAUGUCGCCCGAAGGUCCUUCGCGUGUCAACUCGCCGUGGAUGACCAGUCCUCCUAGGUCGCCAAUCAGAACGCAGUCACCAAGCAUGAAGCGUGCGCUCGGGCAGCGCAUCAUCAACCAACCGCUCAUAGAAGUUCAAGAUGAAACCGAACACGCAGUUCCAGAUCAUUCUACUCCCCGUGGUCCAUCCAAGCGUGGGCACCCUUCCCCUCUUGACCUUUCGUCGCGAAGAUCCAGUUACUUUCCUAUGCGGGCUGAGACUCCCGCUGGUCCGCAGACACCGUUAGCCCCUCCACCUCGACGGAACAUCAUCAACCCUCUGUAUUCGUUGUCCCAGACUGAUCUCGCGGAGUCGGACUCGGCUCCUAAGGAUCGGGGUUCCUCCCAGGAUGGAGCGCACACCGUUGACGUACGAAGCACUUUGUCGUCUCCAGAGCUCUCCGAAGCGUACGACUCCACCCGUCUGAUGGUCAUGACCCCGCCUCCAGCAACCCAUUCCCAUCUGAGUAUGCACUCUGGAUCCUCAAUAUUUGCUGCGAGGCCAUCUACUGGUACGACACAGCAGGACCCCACCUCUUCGACAAGCAGCAUCAUGAACGCAGAGACUGCGGAGUCGCAUUAUUCUGACGACGACCGUGAUAUGGAGGAAGGCAAUAGACCCUCUACGAUGUUGUCCCACGUUACGGACGGUAGACCGUCAAUGUCCAUGUCUGAAUAUUCUCAGCCAUCACCUACCGUUUCUGCGUUCCAAGAUGCCCUAACUGGCGACGACUAUCAUUCUGCCGUGUCAUCCCUGAAUCGACCAUGGAGAGGCAGCGAUGAUUUGCAUUCAGCAUCAACGCCCAGCGACAGCCCUGGACCCCGGUAUUCAACAAUGUCACCCCCACCUCGAGUUUCUUCAUCUCUGGCAGCCCACCCUCUUUCACCACCCCCACGCUCGUUAUAUCAAGCCGUACACGCGGUCAGGCCACCGGCUAUCCGCCAAUCAUCGUCGUUCCUUGAUCUAGGAGAACCUUCCCCUGCCAGCACGUCCGAACAAGUCAUGUCGGUUACUCCCCCUCGUCCACCAGAAAUCCUUGCCCCCGAACCCGUCACACCUCCCUAUCCUAUCGUCGAACGGCGUGGUCACCCGCCAUCAACCCCAUUGACACUCAGCAUCCCCUCAGAACCCACGCCCUUGUCAAUACACUCCGCACCUCCCCCAUCAUCCCCUACCUCAUUUUUUGAUAGUAUACAGGCUCAACCUAAUGCCAUGGAUGACCUGGAGUCAUCUUCGGACGAAGAUAGUGAACAAGACGAAGAUGAGGAUGAAGACGACGAGGAUGACGGCCGUAGGCCCAGUAAUCUCUACGUUGAUUCACGGACGAGGACAAUAUCGAUGAUGACGGCAAGACCGCCUGGUAGACCGAAUCUCAUGCGUCUAGGAAACCACUCGACACCGCAUGUCACGGAGAUGCGCUCGCCGCUACCCAUCGGUGCGGUCGACCCGAAACGACCAAUUGCGAACGUGCCACCUCCGGCGCCAUUGCCGCUGUCCUCGUAUACGAAAGCGAAGAGCCGCCUUCCAGCAUCGACCUUCGAUUUCUACCAGUAUACCACCUCGCGUGCAGCUGAAGAUCCAGGACCUUCCUCUGCGAGACGUCCUGCAACUGCUGAUCAGACUCUCAAAUCUUGGCAGGCAAACCAAGUGGAAUCAUCGAAAAGAUUAGAGGGAAUGCUGAAACAACACAUGGAAGCGGAAAAGGACGUUAUCAGACGUAUUGCCUCAACACAUCAACCAUCCAAUCCAAGUAAACCAUAG